AAGUGAGAGCUUUUAGUAACAAAACUAAAGAAACAAAAAAAGUAGAUAUAUGGAGAGAGGGAAAGGGAGAGUGAGACAAUUGAUACACAUUAUUAUGAAAAUGUUGGGAAGAUUUGAAAUUGGAGCUUACUAAGUUGAAGUGGGGGCCAGUACUAUUACUAUUAGGUGAGUGGGUGGGACCACCACUGAAGCUUCAUAUUCUUCAUCUUCACACAUAAAAACACAUUACUCAAACCCAACCAACCAAAAACCCUCCUCAAAUUUCUUUCUCUCUUUCUCAGGCUCGACUUCAGCUCAACAACAAAGAAAGAACUCUUUUUAUAUAAAUAUAUAUUGUUGAUUUCCAGGGAAAGAUAGGAUAAUGAUGAUGAUGAUGAUGAGAAGGAGAAGAAGACUUGCAUGUUGCAGCGGAGAGAGAGAAAUUAGCAUGGACUUUGAUGAGCAUGAGAAUGGAAAUGAGGGAGUUAUGACUUAUGAUGGCCUUGAAAAUUGCAUUCGCAACAAUCAAACAUAUGAAAAUGAAACUGACUCUUUUGAGGAUGAUGGUGAUGAUGACUUGAGUUGUUCUUCCACAAAAGAUGCUUUUGGAUUAUUCCAUUCCAAAUGGGAGAUGUCAUCAGAGAGGCCCAAUCAUAUCUCUCUCAAAGAGAAGAAUCCUGAUUAUUCCAUUAAUUUGUCAGAGGUGGAUGCCAUGAAAGAAAAAUUUGCAAAUCUCUUGUUGGGUGAAGACGUUACAGGAGGCUGCAAGGGCCUCACCUCUGCUUUAGCUUUGUCUAAUGCUAUUACAAAUCUAGCAGCUAGAGUGUUUGGAGAGUUGUGGAAAUUAGAACCUCUAACAGAUGAAAGGAAGAGCAUGUGGAGAAGGGAAAUGGACUGGUUGCUAUCUCCUACCAAAUAUAUGGUUGAGUUAGUUCCAGCUAAACAAAAUGGUGCCAACGGUCGGAUGCUAGAGAUAAUGACCCCAAAAGCUCGUGCAGACAUCCACAUGAAUCUUCCUGCACUUCAGAAGUUAGACUCUAUGCUUAUUGAGGCUCUUGAUUCAAUGGUGAGUACUGAGUUCUGGUAUGCCGAAUGUGGUAGCAGGGCAGAAGGAAGGAGCAAAAGUGCACCAAAGGGCAGCAAACGAUGGUGGCUCCCCACACCCCAAGUGCCAGACUCUGGCCUGUCUGAUUCAGCAAGGAACAAGUUAAUUAAGCAGGGAGGGGUGGUUCAUCAAGUAUUCAAAGCAGCAAAAUUAAUCAAUCAAAGUGUUUUGUUUGAAAUGCCUGUUCCCGACAUUAUAGGGGAUGCACUUCCCAAGUCAGGAAAAGCAAGCUUAAACGAAGAUCUGUACAAGCUGUUGACAGCAGAAUCAAAGUCAGCAGAGGAAAUGCUCAAGUCCCUCAAUUUGAAAUCCGAACACAAUGCCCUUGAGGUGAUUAACAGGUUGGAGGCUGCUGUGUUUUCAUGGAAUGAGAGAAUUCGGGAACAAGGAAGCGUUGAUUCGCCUCUACGAGCAUCAUGGUCGACCUUCAUAAAGGAUCCCAUGUCUGAGGUUGAUAGGAUGGAAUUACUAUUGGACCAAGCAGAAUUCCUUAUACAGCAGCUCAAGGCCAAAUAUCCGAACCUACCCCAAACAUUUCUUGAUGUUACAAAAAUCAAGUAUGGCAAGGAUAUUGGGCAUUCAAUCCUAGAAGCAUAUUCCCGAGUUCUUGGAAACUUGGCAUUCAGCAUACUUUGUAGAAUUGGAGAUGUUAUGAGGGAAGAUGCUGCAAGCAAUCCUAAUGCAUCAACAAGUUGCUUUGCAGGGAUAUUACUCAAUGUCACUAACAACUACUCAUCAAUAAGAUUUGAUGGUGGUGUAAAAUGUAGUCCACAUUCCAAUUCUUCUUCAUCAACAGCUACAAGUGCUACUAGUAACAGUAGUAGAAGUAGUAGCAGUAGCAUGAGUAUUAGCAGUGGUACCUGUGAAUCAGAAUUUAACUCCUACUGUGAUACAAAACCAAGCCCAUCUGUGAGCUCCACACCAAGUCGACGUCGAGUUUGGUGCAUUGGUAGAGAAGCUUGUGUCAGUGUGUCCCCUCCAAACUCUCCUUGAUUACUUGGUCUGGGUUUGCCAGUUACAAUAUUUAUAUUUUAUAUAUAUAAUAUAGUUAUUUAUAUAUGUUGAUUAUGUAAAAAUGUAAAUAAAGUAUUUUGGGCUACGUGCUUGAUUCAUGCACGUCUUUUUCUCAGAAUUGGCACAUCCAAAUUCCAAUUGGAACAACGAAAUAUAGCCUUUGAUAAUUGAUAUGCAAUGCCACAUCAUUGUGAGACAAAAUUAUGUUAAAUUGUUCUAAUAGGCCAUAACAGCGAAAAAAGUCUUCUUGGUAAGGUUGUUAUGUUAUUUUGCGAUC